AUGUCGGUUUUAGUUAAUGGUAGUCCCACUAAAGAGUUUGUUGUUGAGAGGGGGCCUUGCCAAGGUGAUCCUUUAUCUCCAUUUCUUUUUGUUAUUGUAGCGGAAGGGCUUAAAAUUAUGGUGAACAAGGCGGUGGUCAACGGGGGUUUUGUAGGCUGUUAUGUGAAUAAUAAAUACUUUGUGGAUGUCCUCCAAUUUGUGGAUGACACUUUAUUAGUUGGAGAUGGUAGUUGGAAGUAUCUGUGGGCGACUAAAGCGGUUUUAAGAGGUUUUGAGAUGGUGUCGGGCCUUGGUAUAAAUUUCAAUAAGAGUAAGCUUAUUGGGAUUGACAUAAAUUCUCGUUUCAUGGAUGUGGCUACAUCUUUCCUUGCUUGCAAAAUGGAGGAGAAGGACUUCACUUUUCUUUGUAUUUGCAUUGGCUCUAAUCCAAAAAGAAUGCAUUUUUGGAAUCCUUUGGUGGAAAAAAUUAGGAAGAGAUUGAGCUCUUGGAAAGGAAGGAGAUGGCUUUUCGACUUCCUUUUGGCAUUCUUUAUGGAUGAAGGAGGUAUUAUUAAGUUAUUAUUUCCGUGUUUAUUUGCUAUUUCUUAUUUACAAGAAGUAUAUGUUGCUUGUGUGGGAGUUUGGGAUGAAGGAGAAUGGAAGUGGAAUGGUCUCGGUAUUUCUCACGUGCCGGCGGAUUUAAAGUUGCAAGAGGAGGAACUUCGGGCGCUGCUUCAGCAUCACUGCCCCUUGGCUGCCAAUACGGACAACAACGAUCAUCUUGACUGGGUGGUUUGGCUCCGGCCUGGACAAGAUUCGUUCUCGGUCUCUUCGUGCUAUUCGGUCAUUGGUACCUCUUCCAUGAUGUAUGACCCUCCAAGUAAUUUUGAUUUCGUUUAUCCUCUUAUUUGGAAGGUUGAAGUUCCACUUAAAAUCAAAGCCUUUGGGUGGAGAUGCUUCAAGUAUAGGAUUCCGACGAAGGAUUUGCUUCUUCAUCGAGGUAUUUUAUCUUCUACCUCUAAUCUUGGUUGUGUCUUUUGUGAAGAUUCCAUUGAGUCGCCUAUCCAUCUUCUCUUAUCUUGUCGUAUGGCGGACGAGGUUUGGAAGGAAAUGGCGUGUUGGAUAGGAUUAACUAACUAUAAAGAGGGGGACUUUAAAGAGAGUUAUUGGAGAUGA